GCUCCGCCCUUGAGCCUCUGCUCCCCCUUAACCCCCCCCCUCCGCAGCUAGCAGCCGUCCGAGCUAUUCAAGGAGAGGAAUACACAGAUAGACGGGCAGAUAGACGAUACGCAUAAAGAUACGCGCAGGAGACGCCUACAGCAACGAAAGACGAACAGACGAGACGAACCAGCCAUGUCGCUCCCGAUUCCGCAGCCGCCGGGCGUGCCCCUGCUGGGCAACAUCUUCGACGUCGACCCGAGCAACACGUGGGAGUCGCUGCGGAAGCUGGCGGAGCGGUACGGCGAGAUCUUCCAGAUCCGGGUGCUCGGGCACACGAUCGUGUUCGUGGCGGGGGCCGCGCUCGCCGAGGAGCUGUGCGACGAGCGGCGCUUCCGCAAGUACGUCGGCGGCCCCAUCGUCGAGAUCCGCUACGCCGUGCACGACGCGCUGUUCACCGCCUUCGACCACGAGCCCAUCUGGGGCGUCGCGCACCGCAUCAUCGCGCCGCGGCUCGCGCCCGCCGCGCUCGCCCCGCGCCUGCCGCAGAUGCGCGCCGUCGCCGUCGAGCUCGUCGCCAAGUGGCGCGGCCUCGCCGCCGCGGCGCCCGUGCGCCUCUUCGACGAGCUCAACCGCCUCUGCCUCGAGGCCACCGCGCUCACGCUCUUCGGCGUCAAGCUCGGCUGCCUCGCCGGCCCCGAGCACCCCAUGCUCGGCGCCAUCGACGGCGCGACCGCGGAGGCGAUGCGCCGGCCGACGCGGCCGGCCCUGCUCAACUGGCUCUGGUACGGGCGCAAGUUCGCCGCGGCGACGGCGACGAUGCGCGGCUUCGCCGAGGAGAUGGUCGCGGCGCGGCGCGCGGACCCGGCCGCCGGCCGCGUGCCCGGCGCCGACGACGGCGACCUGCUCGACGCGCUGCUCGGCACCGCCGACCCCCAGACCGGCGCCGCGCUCACGCCGUCCCAGGUGGUCGACGAGGUCGUGUCGAUGCCGAUCGGCAGCGCGACGUCGCCGGCGCUGCUCAGCGCCGCCGUGUACUUCCUGCUGCGGAACCCGGGGGCGGCCGCGCGCGCGCGCGCGGAGCUCGACGCGGUGGUGGGCGCGGCCCGCGAGCCCGUCGCGUACGAGCACCUGGCGCGCCUCGAGUACCUCGAGGGCGUGGUGCGCGAGUCGCUGCGGCUGUCGUUCGCGGCGCCCGGGUUCAACAUCGAGCCGGUGCCGCGGGCGGGCGGCGACCGCGCGCCCGUGCUGCUGGGCGGCGGCAAGUACCAGAUCGCGCACGAUCAGCCGCUCAUCAUCGUGCUGGCGGGGGUGAACCGCGACCCGACGGUGUUCGAGGACCCGCUCGCGUUCCGGCCCGAGCGCAUGAUGGGCAAGGCGUUCGAGGCGCUGCCGCGCGGCGUCAAGAAGUGGUUCGGCAACGGGAAGCGCGAGUGCAUCGGCAAGCACUGGGCCUGGCAGUGGAUGAUGACGACGCUCGCCACGCUGCUCCGCGAGGUAGACUUCGAGAUGGCCGACCCAAGCUAUACCCUCAAGCAGGACGGGUGGUUCUGUGUGAAGCCGGUGGAUUUCUGGGUCAAAGUAAAGCCGAGGGAGGGUUGAUAAGGCCGGUGAGGAACUUGGCGUCGGGGAUAUGCUAUUGGGAAAAGGGGCAACGAGUCUCACAUUUGGUGCUCAAAUCGACAUAUUCGAAUGUAUCUCAUCGUAUUUAUGUGUAGGUAUUCAGAUGAUGCCCUCUCUACAAGCGAAAGAUAAAUUUGGAGACUCCACUUUCUUCGUACAGGGCCCCCCCUGAACCUUUCUUAUACC